AUGAACCCCAUCCCCGUCCUACCCCCCGCGCCCCUCGCGCCCAUGGCCCGCCCGCCGCCGCUCAUCCAGCAGGGGCGCGGCGUCGACUCCCCGCCCACGCUGGAGGUCUACCUCCUCCACAUGCGUCAGGAGGUCGUCGAGCUGCUGCACGCUGCCCCCGAGAACCGCCUCAGGACAGAGCAGCACGUCAUUCAGCUCGCGGAACGCGCGCUCGCACGUUACCCCGUCCUGAACAUGACUGCCCUCCCUCCGCCCCUCAAGCAAAUAGACGCCUAUCGCAAGGCUCCCAACACGGCCGACUCUCUCACCAAAUAUCUUGAAGUCUUCCGCGCGGAACUCGGUCUCGACGACUUGCUCCACAGCGACCUCGACGACAAGGACGGCAGCGGCGAGCUCUCCCAAGACGGCGAUAGGGAUUCUGACGAGGACGCGAUUGGCUCCGAGCACCCCAAGAGCCCGAGCCUGGGCCCCUCCGCUAGUCCUGGUGACACUGGGGGGAAUACCACAGUCUCUAGCCCCGAACCCCGUGGCACUGUGAGCGCGCCGCCCCAAGGUCACGCCGCGGAGCGCAAGAGGGCUGCCUCCGCGACGUCCCACUCUGUCCAUUCGUUCACGGGCGACGAGCGAUGCACGAACUGCAUCGCGCGCAACAAUUCGGUUUGCACGGUCAAUAGCAGUCGCCAGCGUUGCGACUCGUGCUUCAUCAAGAGGCACCGUUGUUCCAAGGUUCUCACGCCCCCCACGCGCCCGACGCGCGAGACCAAGUCGUCGUCCGCGAAGGGCAAGGCCACCGAUGGUGCCGUCAACGGCGAGAGCGCGAGCGCGCGCGGGCCCAAGCGCAAGCGCGCGGCCGCGGAGGACGACACGAAACGCAUCGAGCCCCCAAAGCGCCCCGCCCGCCCGUCUCGCCCCGCUGCCGCCACGGGCUCCGCUGCGGGCACGUCCGCGUCGGCCUCCGCUGCCGCCCAACGGCCGUCGGCGCCCAAGAAGCCCCCGAUCCAGAACGGCAACGGCAUCGCCUCCGCAAGCGCCCUCGCAGGCAGCUCUCUCGCCGCCCUCGCCGCCUCCGCCUCCCGCGCCCCUCGCGCCCCCACCGCGCAGACCCACGGCCAGGGCCGCCAGCAGUACUACCAGGAAAAGCUCCAAGUCAUCUCGGGCAUCCUCAGCAUGGUCCAGACCGCCGUCAAGGAGCUCCAGGACCAAGUGAACGCGGACUCCGCCGCCCGCUGA